AUGAUUUCGUCAUCACUUAGACACAUAGUCAAGACCUCCAGGUUCAUCACCGAGGUGGCUCCGGCUAAGUUGAUAUCGGCGACGAGAGAACCAUUCAAGAACAUGUUGACCACGAUUUUAGAGGAAGACUUCGACUUUGAAGAAUUGGUAAGAGCCACUGCUGAGAGACUUUCUUCUUCUUGUCCAGGCUCCUCUUCGUGGUCUCUUGGCCACUACACCAAGACCAACAGGCUCUCUUCCUCUUGA